GGCGCGCCCGGGGCGGCUCUUUCCUGGGUGGGGUUUGCCGAGUCAGAUCCGUUAGCAGGAAGCCGAGCAGCAGCCUCUCUGCCUCUAGGGACGCAACCAGCCCCGGACCCCUCGAGCUCGAGCCGCGGCCGCCGCCUGUCUUCACCGCCUGCCGCGAAACUUCGCCAACUCGCCCGCCACCAUGCCCAAGACGAUCAGCGUUCGGGUGACCACCAUGGAUGCCGAGUUGGAGUUUGCCAUCCAACCCAACACCACUGGGAAGCAACUCUUCGACCAGGUCGUGAAGACCAUUGGCCUGAGAGAAGUCUGGUUCUUUGGCCUCCAGUACCAAGAUACCAAGGGUUUCUCCACAUGGCUGAAACUCAAUAAAAAGGUGACGGCCCAGGACGUGCGGAAGGAGAGCCCCCUGCUCUUCAAAUUCCGGGCUAAGUUUUACCCUGAGGACGUGUCGGAGGAGCUGAUUCAGGACAUCACCCAGCGCCUCUUCUUCCUGCAAGUGAAGGAGGGCAUCCUCAAUGAUGACAUCUACUGCCCCCCGGAGACCGCCGUCUUGCUGGCCUCCUACGCGGUCCAGUCCAAGUAUGGUGACUUUAACAAGGAGGUGCACAAGGCUGGCUACUUAGCUGGGGACAAGCUGCUGCCCCAGAGAGUCUUGGAGCAGCACAAGCUGAACAAAGACCAGUGGGAGGAGAGGAUCCAGGUGUGGCAUGAGGAGCACCGAGGCAUGCUGAGGGAAGACGCUGUCCUGGAAUAUCUGAAGAUAGCUCAGGACCUGGAGAUGUAUGGGGUGAAUUACUUCAACAUCAAGAACAAGAAGGGUUCCGAGCUGUGGCUGGGUGUGGAUGCCCUGGGACUCAAUAUCUACGAGCAGAACGACAGGCUGACUCCCAAGAUUGGCUUCCCCUGGAGCGAAAUCAGAAACAUUUCCUUCAACGAUAAGAAAUUUGUCAUCAAGCCAAUUGACAAGAAAGCUCCGGACUUUGUCUUCUACGCCCCUCGUCUCCGCAUUAACAAGCGCAUCCUGGCGCUGUGCAUGGGGAACCACGAGCUGUACAUGCGGCGCCGCAAACCAGACACCAUUGAGGUGCAGCAGAUGAAGGCCCAGGCCCGGGAGGAGAAACACCAGAAGCAGAUGGAGAGGGCCCUCCUGGAGAAUGAAAAGAAGAAGCGAGAGCUGGCUGAGAAGGAGAAGGAAAAGAUCGAGAGGGAGAAGGAGGAGCUGAUGGAGAAACUGAGGCAGAUUGAGGAACAGACCAAGAAAGCUCAGCUAGAACUGGAAGAGCAGACUCGGAAAGCUCUGGAGCUGGAAGAGGAGCGGAAGCGAGCCCAGGAUGAGGCUGAAAAGCUGGCCAAGGAGCGUCAGGAGGCUGAGGAGGCCAAAGAGGCCCUGCUCCGGGCCUCUCGGGACCAAAAGAAGACCCAGGAGCAGCUGGCCUCUGAGAUGGCAGAGCUGACAGCCCGCAUCAGCCAGUUGGAGAUGGCCCGGCAGAAGAAGGAGAGUGAGGCUGUGGAGUGGCAGCAGAAGGCCCAAAUGGUCCAGGAGGAUCUGGAGAAGACCCGGGCUGAGCUGAAGAAUGCCAUGAGCACCCCCCAUGAGAAUGAGCAAGACGAUGAGCAGGAUGAGAACGCGGCUGAAGCUAGUGCUGAGCUGCGGGCUGAAGCCUCCACCAAGGACCGCAGUGAGGAAGAGCGGACCACUGAGGCCGAGAAGAACGAGCGGGUCCAGAAACACCUGAAGGCCCUGACCUCGGAGCUGGCCAAUGCCCGGGAUGAGACCAAGAAGACAGCCAACGACAUGAUUCACGCAGAGAACAUGCGUCUGGGGCGUGACAAGUAUAAGACCCUGCGUCAGAUCCGCCAGGGUAACACCAAGCAGCGAAUUGAUGAAUUUGAGUCCAUGUAAUCCUCUGGUCCCCGUCCCCCGCUCCCAGCCAUCUCUGACCUCUCCCACCCCUGCCUUUGCCCUUUCUGAACCAACCAGCCGGGCCCUCCAGGGACCCCAGAGCACCCUCCUCCCUCCACAGGAGAGGGGGAGGGAGAGAAAUUCGAACCCCUUCCUUCCCUCUCCCUUGCCCUCAGCUGCCAGCUUAGGCCAGGCCCUGACUGUCCUUGUCCCCUAUGGUUCACUGCUGGCCUUGCCCCUUUCCCCUUCCUCCCAGAGAGCCCCAGCCACAGGGCAUGGUGUCUAGGCACAUGUGGGUCUUCUCCAAGUUUCUGUGGCUCAGUGCAGGGCAGGAGGAGAGGAUUAUAGGGGAAGAGAAAAGGAACUUAGUCCAAAGACCAGAGAGAGACAUUUCCCAAGCCUGCUGUACCCCAAACCUUUCAGGCCACCAGGAGAGGAGAAAAGCAUCCUGGGUGGGGAGAGAAAUCAAGGCCAUUCCUGAUUUCCCUUCCCAGACCCUGGCCCAGUUAGUUGGGUUUAGCAACUCAGCACCCCGGGGGGGGGGGGAAGAGAGCGAGGGAGGGAGGAAGGAAGAUCCAAGCAAGACACCAAAAAACAUUUUAAGUCUUGGCCGCCCGACGCCCCCAAGCAAAACAGUGCCUUAUAGGAGCUGUUUGGGUGCCUUAUGGGGGCUGUUGAGGAGGCCUUCUGAAUGGCCACCUGUGCCUUGGGGGCUGUCCCUUCUUCUCCCCUACCUGGGCCAGCCCCUCCCACCCCCCUUCCCUAGCAAGGCUGAACAGAAAGCCCAGGGGAGUAGCCCACAGCUCCCUGUCCUGGGGAAGGGGCCACCCAGCUCUCUCCUGGGUUUGUGGCAUCCACCAUAUCCUAAAGGCUUGAGCAGACAAGGGGCUCCCACCAACCAGUCCCUCCUUCCCUCCAUGGGGAGAUUGCCCAAGGUGUGUGUGAGAGGGGGUUAAUUGAAUGUUACCACUCCACACCACAGAUGCUCCAGUCCCCCUAGACACAUCUCUAUGGUGUGUGUGGAAGGGAUGGGACCAUGCCUGCCACCAGUGAGCUCCCUGCAGACAGCCCCUCUCCUCUACCCCCCCAAACCCUGGAAGGGGGUGGUGCUAGGAGGGAGGCUGCCUCUCCUGGCCCCUCCCCUCCUACCUUACCCCUCCUCAUCCCGCCCAGCAUGCUGCUGAGCCAUCUUUGCCAGGCUGGCUGGGGGUCACCAGGACCCUCCCAUAUGAUGCCUGUAUUAUGUACCCUUCCCCUGCCCACCAUCUAGUAAAACGGGGAUUCCCUCCUUCCUCUUAUUCUCAUCCUGAAGCAGGGCUGUGUUUUGGCCUCCCAUCCCUCCUGUACCUUGAAAGUGUAUACUGUAUUAUAAGGAAGAUAUUUUGCAGGAAAUUAAUGUAAAACGCUUUCCGUAUCAGUGAUGACAUCAUCACAUUAGGUCACGCUAGAUUGUUUUAUUAUUAUUAUUAUUUGUUCUGCAGCUUUUUUUUUUUCUGUUUCUGUCUUGGUUUCUCUGGGUUUGACAGGCCUGGCCUUCUCCCUCUUCCCUUCCCCAGUGGGCAAUGGGAUGGGGAUUGGGGGGUGGUCCACAGCUGCCAUCUGCCUUCCUUCCAAAGUCUCAUGUUUUGCUGUAAAAUAUAACAGCCCUCUUGCUGGCCCAGGCUUCUAGCGGUUAACUUGAUGUUGUAUCCCUGAAGGCAAGAGUUGGGGGCAGUAAUUCACCCCAUGGGAGGCUGGGGCAGAAGGCUAGACUUUGUGCGUGCGUCUUAUGUGUAAUUUUUUUUUUGGUUAUUUGUCUGGAGGGUUUUAUUCUAAAUUCACAUCAUGUUCAGUUUCAGUGCCAAUAAAAUUGAAACUACCCCCA